UGGGAGCCUGGAUGUGCGCGUAGUGGGCGCCGAGAGGCAGCUACGGAUUACGUAAAGAGCGCGAUGCACCCCUGCGGCGCUCCGCCCCGCCUAUCCCACUCCCGCAGGCUGAGCGCCAAGAAUUCCCGGAACGGAGCAACGACGACGACAGGCACUGACCAGCAACAACCAGUAUUAACCAGCAACAAACAUUGCUGGACUUGAGGGUAUUCUCCUUGCAAGGUCAUAAUGUCGCAAUCACUCCGCCCCUACCUACAGGCUGUCCGGAGUAGCUUGACCGCCGCGCUCUGCCUCUCCAACUUCGCGUCGCAAACCGCCGAGCGGCACAAUGUCCCCGAGGUCGAAGCCCGGACAUCACCCGAAGUCUUGCUGACGCCUUUGACGAUCGCCCGCAAUGAGAACGAGCGUGUGCUCAUCGAGCCCAGCAUCAACAGCAUACGGAUCAGCAUCAAGAUCAAGCAGGCCGACGAGAUCGAGCAUAUCCUGGUCCAUAAAUUCACUCGCUUCUUGACCCAGCGUGCCGAGUCCUUCUUCAUACUCCGGAGGAAGCCCAUCAAGGGAUACGAUAUUUCGUUCCUGAUUACGAAUUUCCAUACAGAGGAGAUGCUGAAGCACAAGCUUGUCGACUUUAUCAUUCAAUUUAUGGAGGAGGUGGACAAGGAGAUCUCCGAGAUGAAACUAUUUUUGAAUGCACGGGCCCGGUUUGUAGCAGAAUCCUUCCUGACUCCCGUAAGACUCCAGCCUCGAUUUAAAUGCCCGUUUAUUGCUCUCUGUUAACCUGACUGUAGUUCGAUUGAGGAUGGAAGUAUCAAGAAACAACGAGAAUACGAUGUCUGCUUCCAGCUUCUGGG